GAGCGGGGCUGGGCGGCAGCGGAGCCGUCCCCGGGAGGAUCCGGCAGCCGUCGGCAGUCCCUAGGUGCAGGACGGUGCUGACUCCAGACCCAAGGGCAGGCUCUGCAGCAUCGGCAGUUCCCAGGCAGGAGUUUCUACGUGGGCAUCUCCAGUUCUGCUUGCUGUGACCUUCCAGGCUGCCAGGGAGACGUGAGGCUCCGCCAGAGACCUGCCAGCCUUGUGUGAUCAGCAACCGCUUGCCAGGGCUCACACCAAGCUUCCUGGGGCACUGAGCUGCUGCUUGGCAUCCUGACCGCUUCUAAUUCCUUGCUGUGCUACUGGCAGGGUGGGAUUGAUGUCUAGUUUGGGACGCUGGGCAGAACCAAGCCCCUCACCAUCCUCUGUGCCCUUGGCAGGCUGCGGGACCGAGCUGGACCCCUCACUCUAAGGGGGCUUUGUGUGAGUGAGGGACAGGUUUGGGGCUGUCCAUAUUUGUCCCGGUGGGAAGAACCACCUCCUUUCCAUCUGGGAACCGUGGCACUGCUGGAAGCUGGGAAUGGCACCACAUGCAGCACGGGCCAGAGCCAGCAGCCUGGCAGCAGGGCAGUAGCUGAGCCCGAGCAUCAUCCCCCAGGGCGGGGGGGCUGCCCCAGUCCCCAGCACAGCCGUGCCCAGGGAUGUAGGAGCCGGGAGCAGGAGGGGCCCCAGCCAUGGGCCGGCUGGACGAGCAUGCCAAGAGGAGGAUCGUGGAGCUGCGCCGGGCCGGGCUGAGCUUCCGCAAGAUCAAGAAGGUGCUGGAGCUGGAUGACAUCCGGGUGACGCCGCAGGCCGUGUACCUCUUCCUCAAGAGGAAGAGUGUGGAGCCAGGGCCAGGGGCACCCAGCUGGGACGGGGACCAGCCCUGGCCCCCACUGCAGGGCCACGAGGCUAAGCCCCCCAGGCUGCUGGGCCCCCAGCCCCCUGCAGUGCCCCUCGGGGAUCCCACGGGCAACCAGGACACCAAGGAGGGCAUCCAGAUCGUUAGUGUGACCUCCCUCUGCAAGGACGAUGGGCAGCUCGGGGACACCCUGCCCUCAGGGCUGUCCCCUGGGCAUGGUGACGACAGCUCCACAGGCACCCCCUUGGCUCCAGGGAGCUGCCCUGCUCCGGGGGGCUUGGCCAUCCCCCCCCAGCCCCUGCCCAGUCAAGGGCAGCUGGUCACACCCCACACCAGGAACCCAGCCCUGGUGCUGAAGACAACGACUGUGGACAGGGCUGUUCUCCUGCAGAGAAAGGUCCAAGAUGUCAGCACUCAGACUGCCCUGCCGAACCUUGUGGGUCUGGAAAAUCACCACCUGGCUUGGGGUGUGCCAGUGCCCCCCUCUGCUCCCAGCUGCCAGGCCCUUGCUGAGAAGCUGGACGCCGUGCAGACGGAGGUGCGGAAGCUGAGCCAGGCCCUGCACGUGGUGCUGGAGCGGCAGUGCCGCCUGGAGCGCCAGCAGGAGCAGCAGCAGCGGCUGCAGCAGGAGGUGCUGAUGACGCUGCAGCAGCUCAGCUCCACCGUGAGCCACGGGGCCGUGCCGGCCAACCAGCCCUGCGGCCCCUUCAGCAGCACAGCCGAGCCCUCGCCCGCCGUGCCCAACUUCAGCCAGUUCAAGAUGGAGCUGAUCUGAGCUCACACGGCCAGCGCUCCAGUGCUGUGCUUGGGGAGCAAGAACCACUUUCAGAGGCUGCCCAGGGAUUCCACACAGCACCCAGCAGAGAAGGCCCUUGGUGCCUCGUGUUCCCAGCCCUGCUGACUGGAAGGGGCUGCCUGGCGCGAGGGCUGGGCAGUGGAAGGCUGAGGCUUCGCUCCUCCUGUGCUGCUCAUCCCGCCUGGGGCUGGCUGGGAUCCUGAGAGGGACACAGCAUGGAGGUGGGACUCAAAGGGAACACCAGGCUUCCUGCUCUUGAGGGUCAGCGCUGUGAUGGUCAAUCAAGGAACAUGUCCUGUCCUCCCUCUGCAGAGCCUUGUUCAGUAAAAACCUGUUGACACCACGUUUCAGAUCCAGUGUGGGAUCUCUGUCUGCAUUUUCCCUACCCCUCGUCCCAGCAGAGAGCAGGCUGGGUC